CUGUGUCUCUGUCUCUGUCUCUGUGUCUCUGUCUCUUUAAGUUGGUGUCAAAGCGGAUUAUUGCUGAUCUCCGUCGUGAUUCUGUCCUCACCGUCUGUUCCCUCUCCAUCUAUUUGGAUAUAAAAUGCAGAAGGGCGUGCGCUACAACGAGGGCCACGCGCUGUACCUGUCGGUGGUCGCGCGUAAAGAGGGCUCGAGACGCGGCUACCUGAGCAGGAAGACGACGGAGAACAGCCGCUGGACGGACAAGAAGUACUUCGCGCUCUACCAGAACGUGCUCUUCUACUUCGAGAACGAGCAGAGCGCGAGGCCCUCCGGGAUUUACCUGCUGGAGGGAUGCACGUGCGAGAGAGCACCUGCACCCAAAGUCUCUGCAGUCUGCAAGGAGUCCAACGAGAAGCAGCAGCACUACUUCCUGGUGGUCUUCGGCCACGAUGGACAGAAACCUCUGGAGCUGCGGACGGAGGAAGAGACGGACUGCAACGACUGGGUGGAGUGCAUCCAGCAGGCCAGUUACUCUGACAUCAUCAUCGAGCGAGAGAUCCUGAUGCAGAAGUACAUCCACCUGGUCCAGAUCAUGGAGACGGAGAAGACCGCAGCCAAUCAGCUCCGCACUCAGCUGGAGGACCAGGACACGGAGAUCGAGAGGCUUAAAUCUGAGAUUGUUGUGGUGAACAAAACCAAGGAGAGGAUGCGGCCUUACGAGAACAACCAAGAGGAGGAAGACCCAGAUAUUAAAAAGAUCAAGAAGGUGCAGAGCUUCAUGCGCGGCUGGCUGUGCCGGAGGAAGUGGAAGAUCAUCGUCCAGGACUACAUCAGCUCGCCUCACGCCGAGAGCAUGAGGAAGAGGAACCAGAUCGUCUUCAACAUGGUGGAGGCGGAGACAGAAUACGUCCACCAGCUCUCCAUCCUGGUCAACUGUUUCCUGCGGCCGCUCCGCAUGGCCGCCAGCUCCAAGAAGCCUCCCAUCAGCCACGAUGACGUCAGCACCAUAUUCCUCAACAGUGAGACCAUCAUGUUUCUGCACGAGAUCUUCCAUCAAGGUCUGAAAGCUCGGAUCGCCAACUGGCCCACGCUGGUUCUGGCCGACCUGUUUGACAUCCUGCUGCCGAUGCUGAACAUCUACCAGGAGUUUGUGCGGAACCACCAGUACAGCCUGCAGGUUCUGGCCAACUGCAAACAGAACCGAAGCUUCGACAAUCUGCUCAAACAGUACGAGUCCAACGCUGCGUGUGAGGGACGGAUGCUGGAGACGUUCCUCACCUACCCCAUGUUCCAGAUCCCUCGGUACAUCAUCACCCUCCAUGAGCUGCUGGCUCACACACCUCAUGAACACGUGGAGCGGAAGAGUCUGGAGUUCGCCAAAUCUAAACUUGAGGAGCUGUCGAAGAUUAUGCACGAUGAAGUGAGCGACACGGAGAACAUCAGGAAGAACCUGGCCAUAGAGCGGAUGAUCGUAGAGGGCUGUGACAUCCUGUUGGACACCAGUCAGACCUUCGUCAGACAAGGCUCUCUGAUCCAGCUGCCGUCCAGCAGUGAGCGAGGGAUGCUCAGUAAGGUCCGUCUGGGAUCCCUCUCACUGAGGAAGGAAGGAGAGCGACAGUGUUUCCUCUUCACCAAACACUUCCUCAUCUGCACACGAACAUCUGGAGGGAAGCUUCACCUGCUCAAGCAAGGAGGCACGUUGUCUCUGAUAGAGUGUACUCUCAUCGAAGAGCUGGACGCCAACGACGAAGACUACAACGCAGCAGGUCAGGGCUUCAACCACCUGGAGUUCAAAGUGGUGGUGGAGCCUCCGGACGGUCAGCCCUUCUCCGUCGUCCUCUUGGCUCCGUCUCGCCAGGAGAAGGCUGCCUGGACCAGCGACAUCAGCCAGUGCAUCGAUAACAUCCGCUGUAACGGCCUGAUGACCAGCGUGUUCGAGGAGAACUCCAAAGUUUCGGUGCCGCACAUGAUCAAAUCCGACGCCCGGCUGCAUAAAGACGACGUGGACAUUUGCUUCAGCAAGACGCUCAACUCCUGCAAGGUCCCUCAGAUCCGCUACGCCAGCGUGGAGCGCCUCCUGGAGCGCCUCACCGACCUGCGCUUCCUCUCCAUAGACUUCCUCAACACCUUCCUCCACACGUACCGCAUCUUCACCACGGCGGCCGUGGUCAUCGACAAGCUGGCCGACAUCUACAAGAAGCCGUUUACCUCCAUACCUGUCAGGGUCGAGCAACAUUCAUGUGACCGUCUGUCCAUCAUGUCCCUCUGUCCUGACUACAGUCUGAAGAUCACUCAGCUGGCUCUGGACCAGUCCAAGUCUCUGGAGCUCUUCUUCGCCACCAACCAGGGCUCGUGGGGGACGGACCCUUUAAACAACAAAUCCCCGAGGCUCUGCCGCAAGUUUUCCUCUCCUCCGCCUCUCACCAUCCCCUCUCGCACCUCCUCCCCCGUCCACUGCCGCAAGCUCUCCCUCAACAUUGGUGGGAAAGUUGCAGCGUUGGACCUCUCCCCCACCCCCACCUCCUCUGCAGCCAACUCCCCCACCUCCACCCACUGCCCCUCCAUCUCCUCUCCUCCUCCCACCUCACCCAGGCUUCCCUCGGGCUUCUCCUCGCCUCCGCCCACCGCCAAGCGCUCCCCCAGCCUCCCCCAGGCCUCCGGGUUGUCCUCGCCGCCCCCCUUCCCAACCAAGGCCCCUCUGGACCUGAGCCGCGGUCCCAGCUCCCCAGAGCUGAGCCCAGCUGCGGCGGAGGACGUCAGCGGAGAGCUGCCUCGCCUCGACGCCUUCUGUGGGAAGCUGAGGCGCAGCAUCCGCAGGGCUGUCCUGGAGUCAGUUUCUCUGGACAAGUUCCUCCCUGAAUCACCGGCCAGCAGCGAGCCGGGCGACAUGUCUCCCUGCCGCUCCCCUUCGACGCCGAGGCAUCUCCGCUACAGACAGUCAGGAGUCUCUCCGGGGGAGAACUCUCGCUGCACCAUGUCGCCCGCUUCAGCGUUUGCGAUCGCCACCGCUGCCGCCGGACACAGCAGCUCCCAGACUUUUUCUAAUUCUGACAAAGUGUGUGACAAAGAGUUCAUCAUCCGGAGAGCUGCUACCAACAGAGUCCUCAACGUGCUGCGACACUGGGUCUCCAAACACUCACAGGACUUUGACAUGAACAGUGAGCUGAAGAUGGGGGUGAUCUGUCUGCUGGAGGAGGUGCUACGAGACCCAGACAUGCUGCCGCAGGAGAGGAAAGCAACAUCCAACAUAUUAAGUGCCCUUUCUCAAGAAGAACAAGACGAUGCUCAGCUGAAGAUAGAGGACAUAUUACAGAUGAAAAGCUGUCCUCUACUACACUUCAUUGUGGCGGAGAGUCCGAAAGCCGAGUGUUUUGAGUCUCUGUCGGCCAUGGAGCUGGCAGAACAGAUCACACUACUGGAUCACAUCGUGUUCAGGGGUAUUCCCUACGAGGAGUUCCUCGGUCAGGGCUGGAUGAAGGUCGAUAAGACGGAGAGGACUCCGUACAUCAUGAAGACCAGCCAGCAUUUUAAUGACAUGAGUAACCUGGUGGCGUCUCAGAUAAUGACCCACACCGACGUGGGCUCCCGGGCCGGCUCCAUAGAGAAGUGGCUCGCCGUGGCCGACAUCUGCCGCUGCCUCAACAACUACAACGGCGUGCUGGAGAUCACCUCGGCUCUCAACCGCACCGCCAUCUACAGACUGAAGAAGACCUGGGCUAAAGUCUGCAAACAGACGAAGGCGCUGAUGGACCGGCUGCAGAAGACGGUUUCAUCUGAAGGGAGGUUCAAGAAUCUCAGAGAGACGCUGAAAAACUGUAACCCUCCAUGUGUCCCGUACCUGGGCAUGUACCUCACUGACCUGGCGUUCAUCGAGGAGGGAACGCCCAACUUCACGGAGGAAGGCCUGGUCAACUUCUCCAAGAUGAGGAUGAUUUCUCACAUUAUCCGUGAGAUUCGUCAGUUCCAGCAAGCACCUUACAGGAUAGAGCACCAGCCCAAGGUGACUCAGUUCCUCCUGGAUAAGACACUAGUGAUGGAUGAAGACACCCUCUAUGAACUCUCUCUGAAGAUCGAACCCCGAGUACCACCCGGCUAAUUAUAACUUCAUCUCAUAUAUCUAUAAAAUACAUCUGUCCCACAAUAUCAAUCACACAACCUGAGAUUCUUUCUUAAUAAAUCAGGGGUUGUUUCAUAAAACACCACCAGUUAUUAUGCUUAGGAAACUCAGGAGAAUCAGUGCCUUGUUGUAUUAAUAUCCGACGUGUAUAUUUAGUAAACAGAAUGAACUGUAUAACAUACACAACUCUGCCAUACAGUGGUACAGUUACGACUGUAGAAACAACCAUGUUAGCUACUAAACGUGGCUCUAGAAGGAAACAAGUUGCUGCUAUCUCACUGUAAAUACCAAACUAUCUGCCUCUGGAGUCUCACACAGAAACAAUGUCAGAGGAGUUUCACAUUAUUUGUAUGAUCACAGAUCCGGAUUAACCUGCUUGGGUUAACAAGUUAGCCUCUGGGCCUCAGGUUUGCUGUGUGGUAGUUUCCAAAUUAAUUUAAAAAUAUGCACCAUGUACGCACAGCAUCUGCACAGGAUAUUACGGGAAAGUUGCUCACUGGGAGUAAACGCAGAAAAAUCCCUUUUUUUUUACAACUUGGGGGCAGAAAAACAAUCUGUAAACACACAUCGACAUAUAAUAAAGAUGAUAUGGCUGAAGUAUUAGAAAAAAGUUGCCCAUUUACACAUGCAGCAAACAUGGAGCAACAUUAGCACUCAGUUGGAGUCCAAUAUUGUCUCUCUUUUAGCUCCGUUUUUGGUCUCCACCACCUCCUGAGGGAAAUAUCUGUCUCUUUAGCGGCUAAAUGCUCCACUUUUUUAACCAGCUAGUCUCUAACUUAGUGUGUCUGCUACACAGAGUGGGUUUAAGAGCUUUUUCGCUGAAAAGAGUUGCCUGUUGCUGCUAGAAACGAGGUUGAUGAGAGCGGUGAGACUCAACCAAAAUUGUGGGACAUAAAACCAAAACAAUGAACUGAAAAAUGCAAGGUUGGCUUUGUUACUACGAGCGACACUUAAACAUAGUCAUUUGACCCAUUGUUAAUAUAAAAGUAUUUUGAAUUACACUUAUCAAUACUUUUACUAUAAAAAUGAGGGCUGUCAAUGUUAA